AUGAAAUUGGAGUGGAAAAGGUUAGGAACAGGUGCACCUGAAGCACGUUGGGGUCAUGUUUGCGUCACGUUGAAUAGUGGCAAUCAAUUCCUAGUGUUUGGUGGUAAUGGCAACAAAGCAUACAAUGACAUACACCUAUACAAUAGUUUGUCAAAUGGAUGGACAAAGGUAGAAGCAUCAACACACGGUGGAGCAUCUACCCCACAACCUAGAUACGGUCACAGUGCAACUCUAUUUGGAAACAACAGUGCAUUGGCAAAUCUUGCAGGUGGUGCAACCUCUAAUAAUCAAUAUAUAUUAUUGUACGGUGGUAAACACAACAACAGUAAACCAUUUUCAGAUAUUCAAAUACUUCAGUUUGUAGUGAAUACUGCUACUGGACUACCAGAUCGUUUUAAAUGGCUUAAAAGUAUACAUCAAAAGAGUCCUGAUGGCGGUAGAGCUGGUCACACUGCUAUAUCAUAUCAUGAUAAACUAUAUGUAUUUGGAGGUCAUAAUAGUUCAAAAAACAAAUAUUAUAGUUCAAUUGUUAUAUUUAAUGUUGAAACUUUAACAUGGGAUCAACCAACAUGUGAAGGAUCAAUACCUCCGUCAAGAGGUUCACAUUCAACUUUUCAAUCAGGUAACCAAAUGUAUAUAUUUGGUGGAUUUGAUGGAAAAAAAUAUUAUAAUGAUUUAUAUUGUUUAGAUUUAGAUAAAUUAAUUUGGAAAAAAUUAGAAGCAAAAGGAACACCACCUAAACCAAGAAGUGGACAUUCUUCUACUUUAUUGGGAGACAAGUUGAUUGUAUUUGGAGGAUGUGGAUCAGAUAGUAAUUUCUUAAAUGAUAUACAUUUGUUAAAUUUGGAGGAUCUUAGAUGGGAACAACCAGUUAUUACUGGCAUGGAGAACCCAUAUCCUAGAUUUAGACAUACGGCCAAUUCAAUGGGUCACAACAAAGUAUUUAUUUAUGCCGGUACUGGAUCGGGUGCAUUAUUGAGUGAUGCCCUUGCCAUCGAGGCUUCUCAUAUAUCAUCAUCCAAUUUACAAUUACCACAAUCUUUACAACAACCACAACAACAAUCAUCACCAUCACAACAACAACAAACACCACCAUCACCACAGGCAUCAAACUCAUCAACAUCAUCAUCAUCACCACCAUCUACUAACAACUCUAUGAAUAAUAUUGAAGAAACACCAACUACAUCUACGACUACAACUACGACACAAACUACUACAACGACAACUUUAACAACUACAACAACAACUGCAAAUAAUAAUAAUGGUACAGGUACGACUGCACCAACAUCGACAUCAUCACCGUCUCCACCAAUGGGGCAUUCACGUAACCCAUCAUCAAGUGGAAAUACAAUACUACCACCAAUUAUAAUGGCAACACCAAUACCAACAACAUCAACACUAACACCACUAGAAUCACAUUCAAUUAAUUUAUCACAUACUAGUCCAAAUGUAAAUCAAAUAGUAGAUAAUAUAGUUGUUGUAACAAAGGAAAAGGAAAAAGAAAAAGAAAAGGAAAAAGAAAAGGAUAAAAAGAGUAAAUUGAUUAAACCUGUUUUAAAUAAUUUAAAGAUUGGUGGUGAUAAAAUCCUAUCACUCUUUGACAAGGACAAUGAAAUCAAAACGUUAAAAGACAACUUGGCACAAGAGAAUGCACAACGAUUGUUGGCCGACAUCAAGAUGGAAAAGGAAUUGAUUGAAAAGAAAAAGACCGAAGAUCAAUUAAACAAUGAAAGAAACAAACGAACUCAUCUUGAAACUCAACUAAAGACCGAACAAAAGAGUAGACAGACUGUCGAGGAACGCAUUCAAAAAUUAACUGUACAAAACCAACAAUUGACCGAGCAGGUUGCCCACCUAAAGCGAGAGCCAAAGGACGGCAUCUGGAAGGUUAAAUACAACAGGCUAUCUGGCACCGAGAUGACCGACGUUAAAACUCUGGAAGACUGUGACGAGUUGGAAGAGAUCCAUCUCGAGGCACUUGACAAACUCAGACUCAAACGAACUCACAUUCGUAAAGAGAUGGAAAAGGAGUGGCGUUUGGACAUGGAGAGAAAGAUUAGUGACUUGAACGAAUUGGUUGGAAAGCAGAUACCACCAGAUCAACACAACACGGUCGUCAUGCAAUUGGAAUCAACCAAAACUGAAAUGAAACAAAUCAACGAGAAAUAUCAACAACUACAAGGUAAACAUCUUGAAGGUCUCGAUAUCAAUCAAUUGACGACACUCGAAGAUGUCCAUCACAACAGUUUGAAACAACUCUCAUCCAUGAAACAAGUUCAAUGGAUGAAGCAAUUAGAGACACUCAAAAAGGAAAAAGAACAAUUGCAAGACCAAAACAACUGUGUUGUUUGUACAGAAAAUCCACCCAAUGUAGUAUUAUUACCAUGUAGACAUAAUAGUCUUUGUUCCAAAUGUAGUAAAACUUUGACACGUUGUCCUAUUUGUCGUGCAAAUAUUGAUGAUAAAAUUGAAACUUAUAUUUAA